ACACUAUGGGAUUUCCCCUACUGUACAACAAUAACAAAGAAGAGGAGGCGUUACCACACCCAGCCAGCCCUAGAGCUAGAGAACUAUGGCUGCAAUGGAUUUCCAAGAGAUGAUUCAAACGUGUCGCUCCAUUAAGACUGGCUACUCGAGGCCAUUCCAAGGACUCCCCAACACCAUCAACUUGAGUAGGGACGGUCGUCAAGUGUUGUUUCUGUCCGGGGGGUCCCUGUACAGCCACUCUCUACCCUAUCAUGGCGAUGAUGUGGAGCGAGACUCUGCAGGUUGUGACAAGAUGGUCGUAGACCCUCCUGUUACCAUGGCUACCGAGCCUAGCCGUCCAUUGCAGACUAGCUGGAGGAAACUGUGCUCCUCCGAUCACCCCACCAGACAACUCUCAAGGUCCGAGCAGUUGCUACGGGAACGGAUGCGGUCCACAGGUAGUGGCCUCACACAGUAUGACUACUUGUCAUCAUGUGAUCUCCUCCUAGUGCAUGGACCUCAGUGUCUGGUCCUGGACAGGCAAUCAGAAGUGGGUGUGGCUGAAUUCCCCGAGUUUUCUGGAGCACUGGACUACAAGCUUUGCCCUUUGACCCCUCAGCUCCUCGGCUGUGUGUGUCGGGGGGAGGUGUGGGUGAUGGACAGCGCUACCGGGGUCAAGCAUCAGAUGACCUCUGUUACUACAGACAAGCCUGGGGGUCAGAGGUCAGCUGGAGCACCCUCUUUUAUCAUACAAGAGGAGUUUGAUCGCUACACCGGCUACUGGUGGCAACCAAAGACGAAAGAAGGUGACAAUGUCUACCGAAUUUUGUUUGAAGAAGUGGACGAGAGUGGUGUGGAGGUAGUGCACACGUUUAAUCCAUCCAAUCAGACGGUCGAGGACUACAAGUACCCACGUCCCGGGUCAGCCAACGCCCCCUCAACACUCCGCCUCCUCGAGUUCACUCUAGACCAGGACAGAAAGAUGUGUAAGACUAUCAAGAGUCUUCCUAAGAGUGUGAGGGAGUGUUUCCCUGACUGCUCCGAGUAUUUGGUGAGAGGGGGGUGGUCCCCUGAUGGAAAGUGGGUGUGGCUUCAGCUAGUGGAGAGGUCUCAGCGAGCACUCAAAAUGAUCAUGAUCCCCUGGGAGGCGUUCAGUGUCGAGGGAGAGUCCCCUACUGAGACCACACCCACCUUCCCACUGCCGCUAGUUGUGUGGGAGGAUAGCAACCCAACUUGGAUCAAUACGACAGACAAUUUGACUUUUGUGUCCUCCACUGAUGACAGUGUCCAGUUCAUCACCUCCUCGGAGAGGUCAGGGUUCAGGCAUCUGUAUUUCGUUAAGACCACACCCACUUUACAAGAUGGCAUUUCCGUGGCAACGAGUGACAUCAGACAGCUUACGUGUGGUAACUGGAUCGUGUUCGGAUCAAAGAUCUGGUUGGACGAUGAGAGGAAGCUGGUGUAUUUCGAGGGCAAUCCAAAUAGUCCGUUGGAAAGACAUUUGUGUGUGGUUAGUUUCAGUGAUGCUGAGGGGGCGUGUGCCACACCCACUAUACUGACGGCCCCAGGCUAUCAUCACAUUGUUGCCAACGUGGACACGACUAACGGACUAUUUGCUGUCACUAGUUCGAGCCUAGCCUCUGCUCCGAGUGUGCAUGUGUACGCUAUAAACCACACCCCCUUAUCGGCUACGCUACUCGACACACUCAAGGAGGGGGCGUGUCUACCUGUAAACUACACUCCGCCCACUCCAUUCCAAGUCCCCUCCUCCUCAGGAGAGCUACUGCAUGGACUGAUCUUCCCCCCGCUGGGUCUGGAGGAGGGGAGGAAGUAUCCCACUGUCCUCUACCUGUACGGGGGACCACAGAUACAGAUGGUGACAGCUGGGCUCAGUAAGCACCUCCCAAGAGUACAAGUAUGGUGUAGUCAUGGUUAUGCGGUGGUUGUGCUAGACAACAGAGGAUCAGCUAACAGGGGAUUGGCAUUUGCAGCUCAUCUCAAGGAUCAGUUUGGGCAUCUGGAGAUCGAUGAUCAGGUGACUGGGCUGUUGUCAGCGGCCUCCACUGUGCCGUACAUUGACGUGUCCCGAGUGGCUAUCACCGGGUGGUCGUACGGAGGCUACCUCUCACUCAUGGGGCUAGCACUCAGGCCCGAUAUAUUCAAGCUUGCUAUCGCUGGAGCCCCGGUGACAGACUGGAUGUCGUACGAUACUGGAUACACGGAGCGCUACCUCGGUGUUCCCCCCACAUCUCACACACCGUACACUAAGAGCUCUGUUCUCACAUACGCCCACCAGUUUCCCUCCGAACCACACCGCCUCCUCAUAAUCCACGGACUGAGUGACGAGAACGUGCUCUUCACUCACACCUCCCUCUUGUGUGAUCACCUGGUCUCCCAUGGCCGACCCUAUCAGCUCCAGCUGUACACUAGCGAGAGACACGGCCUCAGGACACAGUCAUCAGCACUGCACUGUGACGCCACUGUGCUAGCUUUCUUACAGAAGCAUUUAUAACUCUGGUAUUAAUUUUAGAAACUCAUUGGCUGAAUAUUAUUGUAUAUAAUUAUUUUGAACAAUAAUGUAGUGUGGUUUUAUCGAAGUUUUAUCACGUUUUAUUGAUGAUUGUAUAAUUAUUUGGAAUUUAGUA